AAGUAAUAAAGAAACCGCCGGUUUGCUUCGUUUCAAAUUUCGUCUCCUUUCUUUUGAGAAUCUCUCCCUCGACCUCGAGCGAUAUAACCUUCUUUUUUGGUGGGUUAUGGGAGAGAUCAACGAUGAUGACUGGAGAAACGACCUCGAUAUCUCUGGACUUAGUCUGAUGGACGAGGACGAUAGCCUCCUCCUCUUCCCUGAUCACACCUCAGGUAGUGAUAAGGAAGACAGAGGUCUUGAUUGGUUUGGGGAUGAUCUGAGAAAGAGUCUUGCUUGGGACAAAGCCUUUUUCACCAAUGCAGGUGUUCUGGAGCCUGAUGAACUGUGUCAUAUGAUUGAAAGCAAUCAUGUGUUGGGUGAGAAGAGAGUUUUGGCGACUAUUCAAGAGGAUGUGAAGAGAUCAACGGAGUCUAUUUCUUCUACAUUGAAGAGUGACUGCUGCAGCACUGUGGAGACGAGUCAUCAGGAUCGUGUUUUGUUUGAGGAUGUAGUAACAGCGUCAAGCCAAAGGUCUCCUCCUGCUGUGUCUACUCAUAUAAGAGCGUCAACACAUAGCCCAACUCCAAGUACACUUGACUCUCACGCAAAGGUGAAACCCAAUGCUAUUCAUAAAAGGCCAAGUAUUAGGGCACAAGGGUUAGGGAAGGUGACAAACAAGCCUGUUGCUGCAAAAGAACACAAUACAUCAAUGUCCAGGCCAUCCACUGGACUGAUCAGCAAAAGUGUAAGAGCUUCGGUAGAUGUUAACAAAACCAAACAAGGUGAAUCGCUUACAAUCUCAAGGAGGGUUAGAUCCAUUGUAUCAAAACCUGGACCGCCAUCCAAAUCUGCUUUAAGGUCUUUUUCUUCUUCUUCAGUAGCCUCCAAGAACGAGUUAUUAACAUCUUCCUGCUCUUCACUUGAGAGCUGUAUCAGUGCUUCUUCCUCAAGCGCUUCUAAAAAGUCAGUACUAAAGCAGAAGAAAGCUUCGAAUUCUUUGGUCACCACAUCCAGAACUGCAUCUAGACUCAUAGGCCAGUCUAGAGUUUCACCUCUCUCAGCCAGUAGCACAUACAAGCCCAGGCUCCCCUCCUCUAAUGCAUCUGCUUUUCUAAGUGCUUCUGUUGACUGGUCUUUUAAUUCACCGAUGAGAGCUUCUACACCUAAUAAAAUGGGUAAAGGUAAGAAGAAAACUGUAUCUGGUGGAAGCAGCCCUGCAAUUGAUCAACAGGGAACUAAACAUAGUUCUGUUGUCAAUGGAGCUACUACUCUGAGUUCAGAUUCCGUGACGAAACCAACAGGACUCCGUGUGCCAUCACCAAAACUAGGCUACUUUGAUGGAGGAGCGAGGAGCAGCGUAGCAAGAACACCCACAGGAUCAUGUACAGGUCCGGUAAGUGGCUCAGCAAAACAUGGAGGUCGCAGUCUGAAUGAAUCAACAACUUCUAGUAGGACCAAGUCUCGUCUUAUACAAGAAUCCGCAAAGGGCAGCAGGCCCGUUUCAAGGAGUUCCAGGCUGAUUGUCUCAGCUUCUUCUGCGUCUUCUCCAAAGAUUACCACCAACAAGAAGACUUACUCAAAGGUCAGUGCAGAGGAACAACUCAACGGCGAUGCAGGUGGAAGAUAAUGUAUCACAGUGAUGGAAGCCAAAUCACCUCAUGUAUAGCUUUGAUUUGCACUUGCUCUGUGUCUGGUUCUUUAUUAUAAUAAUUAUUAUUAUUCUCUUGUUGUGUUCUUCUAAGUAUGUUUUUGUACCGGCGGAAACAACAAAGCUCAGCUUCAUUUAAUGUUGAUCAGAGUUUCAGAUUA